AUGGCGCCCAUGAUCCCAGGUGACAAGUACAAACCCUACAAGCCCAUCGAUCUCCCAAACCGAACAUGGCCCACAAAAGUGCAAAAGACAGCUCCAAUUUGGACCUCGGUCGAUCUCAGAGAUGGUAACCAGGCUCUCAUCAACCCCAUGACGCGGGAGCAGAAGCUCAAAUUCUACCAGAAGCUCGUCCAGGUCGGCUUUAAGGAGAUCGAGGUCGCCUUCCCCUCGGCUUCCGAUACCGACUUUGGCUUUGUUCGUCAUAUCAUCGAGAACAACAUGAUCCCCGAUGACGUCUACAUCCAGGUCCUUACUCCUGCUCGUGAAGAGCUCAUUCGACGCACAUUCGAGUCCAUCAAAGGUGCAAAGAACGUCAUCCUCCACAUGUACAACGCCUCUUCCCCCCUCUUCCGAAACGUCGUUUUCAACAACUCGCAAGAGCAGACCAUCGACCUUGCCGUACGACACACCAAGGUCGUUCGCGAGCUCGCCGACCACUACUCGAAACCUGAGAAUGGAGGCACCAACUUCAAGUACGAGUAUUCGCCAGAAACCUUCACCCAGACUGAGAUGGACUUUGUCGUCAAGAUUUGCGAGGCUGUUCGCGAGGCAUGGGGCAAGGCUAGCCACGAGAACCCUAUCAUCUUCAACCUUCCCGCUACUGUCGAGGUCGGCCCACCCAACCACUACGCCGACCAGAUUGAGUACUUCUGCACCAACAUCACCGAUCGCAAGUCUGUCGUCGUCUCGCUCCACCCUCACAACGACCGAGGAUGUGCCGUUGCUGCUUCCGAGCUCGGUAUGCUUGCCGGUGGUGACCGUGUAGAGGGCUGUCUCUUUGGUAACGGUGAGCGUACCGGAAACGUCGACAUCGUCACUCUGGCUCUCAACAUGUUCUCCCAAGGCAUUCAGCCUGGUGAGCUCGACCUCUCCGACAUUCAGAGCGUCGUCGAUGUCGUUAGUGGAUGCAACGACAUUCCUGUCCACCCUCGUCAUCCUUACGCCGGUGAUCUCGUCUUCACCGCUUUCUCGGGCAGUCAUCAGGAUGCUAUCAAGAAGGGAUUCGCAGCUCAAGCCAAGCGCAUCUCCGAAGGCGACAACACCUGGGAGAUACCUUAUCUACCCAUCGAUCCCGUCGACCUCGGAUGCACCUACGAGGCCGUCAUCCGUGUCAACUCGCAAUCAGGCAAGGGCGGUGUUGCUUACCUCGUUGCACAGAGUCUUGCUCUCGAUCUGCCUCGUCGCAUGCAGGUCGCUUUCUACCAGGUUAUUCAGCAGGUCGCCGAUCGCACCGGAAAGGAAAUGACUACCGAGGACAUCACCAGCAUCUUCACUCAGACAUACCACCUCGCUUCCCUCGAAGCUGGUCGCAAUGAAGGCCGAUUCGCUCUCCGUGGCUACUCUCUCUCCGAUGACCUCUCAUCCAGCAUUAGCUCGGAAGAUGAGCAGGGAUCGGGUCUGCAAACUCCCCGUCUCCGUCGUUUCACCGGAAAGGUCCUGUACGAGGGCAAAGUGCACGAACUCACAGGUACGGGCAACGGUGCCCUCUCCGCCUUCCUCGACGCUGUCGAGUUGACAUUCAACAUCAAGGCUGAGAUUCGAGAGUACAGCGAACACGCGAUCACCAAGUCAUCUAGUCUCCAGACCGGUUCUAACGCAUCGAAUGCUGCUGGACGAGGGAACGGAAGCAAAGCACAAGCCGCAGCUUACGUCGAGCUUAUUGACUCAGCACAGAAGGAGCAGAUCGGAGAGAAGAAGGCAGAAGGCUUCUGGGGUGUCGGUAUCGAUGUCGAUAUUACCACUGCUUCGCUCAAGGCUGUGCUUUCGUCGCUGAGCAACAUCACUAAGCCUGAGGCUGUGAUUGCUGAGGCUGUGGACGUUGCUGCUUCGAAUGGCAAGCAGUGA